AUGGAAUCGACGCCUUCUUCGCUUCUUGGCCAUCCCGGCGCGGCGGCGGCGACGACCCCCGCGGGGAAUGGCGUCGCCGGUGAGUAUGCCGCCGAGCAGGAUCCCCUUCUGGACAUGUCCUACAUCGGCUCCUCGGACCAGGCGUGCAAGGAGUGCAGGCGCCGCAAGGCUCGUUGCAACAGAGCGUUGCCGACGUGUGAUCUUUGCAUCAAGUAUCGAAGGCAUUGUCUGUAUGAGAAGCACUCGAGGACGCCCCUGACCCGCAAGCAUCUCACUGAAGUUGAGGCCAGGUUGGAGAGGGCGGAGGCGCUGUUGAGGCAGAUGAGAGCACUGGUGCCGCCUCACUUGCGGUCGUGGGAGCGUGCGGGUGCUGGCCCUGCUCCCUCUACGAGGCAACCCGAAGAGUCGUUUGACUUUGCUGGAGAUCCGCCUCGUCCGCGGAGUCAGGACGAGGAGCCAAAAGCCACCAAUCCGCAUGCUACGAGACGGAGUUCGCUUCCCUGCCCACCACCCCAGUACUCUGCGUCAGACGGCGGCGGCGGCGCUCGCCAUGUUGAUGCCGACAAUCAACGGAUGCUCGAAGGACCACCGCUAGAGGACUUUGAAUGGAGCGAAAAGGACUCUCCGUAUGCACAAGGCUUGUCCCCAGAUGCGCUCGAGGGGAGUAUAGACGACACGCCCAUAUCUGACGGCAUGGCGUCUUUGAGUGUCAACGAGCGGGAAGGAGGCUAUCUCGGAGUGGCAUCUGGCGCGGCACUCCUCCGCCUCCUCGACCCUAAUACCAGGAAACGAGUACAGUCGAGGCCAGAAUACGAAGCCGGGUCGUCGUUUCCAAUGGCCACUCCCAUGACCCCCCAGCCGAAUCCCAACCGCCACAUCGCCGAAGCCAUGAUCGACUCCUACUUCCGCCUCUACCACGUCUGCUACCCGAUCGUGCACGAGCCCACCUUCCGUGCGCAGUACAGCGAGGUCAUCCCCCGUCCCAACGGCGCGUGCUGGACCGCGCUGGCAUACAUCGUCGCCGCCAUCGGCGUCUGGACCUCGGCCAGCUCCUCCGCGGACACGCUGGACCUGGCGCUCUUCGCGCAGGCACGCUCCAUCCUGGGCUUCAACUUCCUCGAGGUCGGCAACCUCAGCCUGGUCAUGGCCCUGACGCUGGCGUCCAACUACCAGCAGAAGCGCGACAAGCCCAACUCCGGGUACAACUACCUGGGGCUGUCCGGGCGCAUGGCCAUGGGGCUCGGCCUGCACAAGGAGUUCCAGGGGUGGAACAUCGCGCCGCUGAGCAUGGAGAUCCGGCGGCGCGUGUGGUGGACGCUCUGCUCCUUCGACAUCGGCGCGUCCAUCACCUUUGGCCGCCCGGACGUCUGGCCGCACAAGGGCGUCGAGGUCUCGUACCCGCUCAACGUCAACGACAAGGACCUCACCGCCGCGUCGCAGACGUACCCGCCCGAGAGCGCCCAGGCGACGCCCUACACGGCCGUCGCCACGCAGGCGCGCUUCCACAUCGCCACGCACGGCUGCUACGAAAAGGUCAUCUCCAAGCCCUUUCCCUCGGCCGAGGAGCUGCUCCGCCUCGACGCCGACCACAUCGAGACGUGGAAGGCCGGCGUGCCCGUCUACUUUGCCGAGGGCACGCCCGUGGCGCCGCGGUAUGCCCUCCCGCAGGCCGUCAUGGUGUGGCGCAUGCGCAACCUGCGCGUCAUCAUGUACCGCCCGUUUGUGAUCCGCCGCGCGCUGAGGAGGAAGCUCGACGCAGACGAGGCGAGCGCGACGGCGUACGACCGGUGUCUCGCCGAGGCGAAGGCGACGAUUGACUCCAUCGAUGAGUUCUGGGAGAGGCAGGAGCACAACCGGCUCUCUGCCUGGUACGGGCUAUACUUCCUCUUCCAGGCCGCGCUCAUCCCAUGCAUCUGCCUCCGCAACGACCCGACAGCACCAGAAGCCACCGACUGGCGACGCCAAAUCGGGGCCACCCUCAAGACCAUCAGCGGCAUGGCGCCCUUCAACGCCAGCUCCUCGCGCUGCCACCGCGUCAUCGCCGAACUAAGCGGGCGGUACCUCGACGGCACAGCAGCGGCUUCGUCCCAGUCCCAGGCGCACACACGCGCAGACGGUACGGCCACGGCCACAGACGGCGAGGCAGGCCACGCGGCGACAACAGCCACCACCACGGCACAACCCCCGAACGACAUGCCGCCGUACAUGGCGGACAGCCAGCCGGUGGGGGAGAGCCCCGAAACGCAAAUCAACAACGUGUUCAGCAUGAUGUGGCCCAACGUGCCGCCGCUCGAGGCCGCGGACGUGGUCAUGGGGGAUGACGGCGGGUGGAUGGAGUUUUUGCGGGCGGGGAGCGCGGAGGACUGGGAGACGGCGUUUGGGGGCGACCUGGCAUGA